AGAAAGUAGACUGAUCACUGAUCGACGGUGCUGACUACGGCUGCAUGAGAUGGGCGACGACUGGUAUGAUGAUCUCUCUCAGGCGAUGAGCAAUGGAUUAUUGCAUGCCGAAUGGUGCAUUCGGAGUGGCGUGGAUGACUUUGGGUGUUGUACCACUUAGGUCGAGGGUUCUAUCGUGGGUGUUUGUGACCCAUAGCUUUAUUCGUGCUGCUUGUACUGUACCUGUUAAUGCUUGCGAGGGCUGUGUGUCUCGCGUCGACCGUGUGUUGGUCACGGUUCCUUGGGUUUUCCGCCUGGUGGCUUGUGCAGCAAGCUGCUCUAUACUCGAGGGAAUUCGCAUGGGCUAGUGUUUCUGGUUCAUGUCCCCUGAUACCUACAGCAGCCGUGCAGCUCUAGGUUAC